CUUAUAUAGAUCCCUCUGGCCCCCGUGUCUCUCGGUCAAACUGCUCUACUGAUUUGCAAUUCUUGGCUUUUUCCUGUUCACAUCUUGAUUUACUCAAUCGAUUCAUAGACAUUUGACCGUCCCGUUACUACGUCAUUAUCAUUGUCAUUCCCAUUCAUCGUUGCCAGUCUCACCUCGCUCGACCUUCAGUUAUACACCAAGCGACAGGCGUCAUUAGAGACUUGUUUAACAUUGUAAAUAUUCCUGAAAGAUUGGCUUUGUUGGCUCUCUUCAUUGCUUGAUACGAAAAUGCUUUCCUACGAACCCACACCAAUGUCAAUCAAGACUCCCACAAAACCAACUACCAUUGCUUUGCCGCCCACCACUUCGUCACCAAUGACGGUAGCGUCCCCAUCCAUCAACUCUGCCACCAUCAAUGGCCACAAAGCCCAGGGACAACAACACAUCUGGCUGGUUACGGGCCCUGCCGGCUGUGGAAAGACAACAGUCGCUGGUUAUUUGGCUCAAUCAUUAGGCCUGCCUUAUAUUGAGGGUGAUUCGUUCCACCCUCCCGCCAAUAUUGAUAAGAUGCGAAAUGGUAUUCCCUUAACUGACGCCGAUCGAUGGGAUUGGCUCACAGCUUUACGGGAAGAAUCCAUCAAGAGACUGAAUUCCGGAUCCAAUGGAGUGGUCCUUACUUGCUCGGCUCUCAAGCGCAAGUAUCGCGAUGUCAUCCGCGUUGCUGGAUACUACGAUCACCGCAUUCAGAUCCACUUCGUUUUCCUUGACGCUUCUGAGGAGCUUCUUCUCGCCCGUGUCGCCCAACGACAAAACCAUUACAUGGGCGCCAAUAUGGUCCAUAGCCAAUUUGAGACCCUUGAGCGACCUCUGGCCGAUGAAAAGGAUGUUAUCACCAUCGACGUCAGCCGACCCAUAGAAGAGGUGGAGCGUGAAGCCCUCAGCAACGUGUUGGAAACAAUCACCAAAUCUCAAGACAAGCCAUGAGCGCUAGACAGCGUUGGAAAACAAUGUUUGGUACGCUUUAUAUCCAUUUGGUACAUAUUUACCGGCUUCAGCGUAUACUGCCGACCCGCCAUACACAGUCAUUUUGGACAAUUUUAGGCGAGGCCUUAUUAUCAAGCAGGGAGUCACAGCGUUAUGGUUAUAUAUGCAUUCAGGAUUUCGGAGUUCAAAGAUUUAAAAGGCGUUCGGAACCAAGAGUCUUGUCAUUGCCCAGUACCAAUGAACUCGGACAGCUCUCCGAUGAGGCGCGACCAGGGAAAAGAGACUAGCUAGCUUGGUGCAGUCCCCCGCAAAGUGUCAGAGUUGCAGUCAGUGUACCGCAUGAGCACAACUGGGGCUGCUUGCUUAUCACUUAUGUACACGGAUAGGCUAAAAAGAAGGGAAGGAAAGAUACUCCCUCAUCCCCAGGAUUCUGUUUACGCUGCGCGCAUGAGGUGGGAGCCAAAUUUGAGCGAGAUAUGAAGCCAGCUUGGAGGAUUGCGAUAUUAUCUACUCCAUGUCAGAAGAUGCAUGAUCUGCUUCACUUGUUAGGGCAGAAAUAUACACAAAUGUUUUUGCACUACAAACCCAUUAGUACUAUGCGAUGUCUGCCGUCCGUUUGCUACGAGCCUAGGAGGUUUCCUGUAAUUUUACUCGCGGAGGAGACAUCUGUUCCGGCAUUGGCUUUCAGCUAUCCAGUUGAACAAAGUCUACUGCAUCAUGACAACUCAACCCACUUGACCACGGCUCAGCUCGUCUGAUUGAAAAUGCCUCUGACCGACAAGCGAGCGAGUGAUAGCUCAUACUAAUACUUGGAAUGUAAUUGGAAGCUUCGGGUCGGUGUGUUGUCAUCAUGCAGGGUAAAACCCAUUCGGCAUUGGAGACUGAGCGAUUUGCAUCACGAGGUUAUCAAUGCAACGGAAUCAGGGUUCUAUAGCUUGGGCCAACAUCAUCACUCUUGAUGCUGAUGUAGAUUGUAUGGAUUCUCCGGCCGCUCACUCCCUUCGCCUCGCCAUUAUCAAAAAUGAGACCUUGAGAUUUAGCCAAACCGGGAUUCAUUGCCGAGGAACAAUGCAAUAUCGCGGCUCAGCAGCGUCUCACCAGCUUUGUAUAUCCUCUUUCGUGUUCGUAAUUUAUGAAUUUUUGGUAAUCUAGAUUAUAUACAUUAACGCCCUCUUAUCUAUUUCAGAUGCAUUACCAUAAGAUCCGGCUCUUCCACUAUUUGUCUUACAACCUCAGCGGCUCGCGCCAUGGUAGCGCCAUCAAUAACUCGGUG